AUCCGUCAGUUCUCUUGUGACACCUGACAGUUGUUUUCAGCCUUUCGUAUUCGAUGGAUUUGUUUCGUUAAAUGAGAAGGUCGAAAGCCGAAAACCUGUAAGAAUUCUCCGUGACACAGGAGGAUCUCAGUCCUUUAUAUUAUCAGAUAUUCUGGGUUUUUGUGCUGAUUCGGCAUGUAAUACCAGUGCGAUUGUGCAGGGUAUUGAAAUGGGUUUUGUGCCUGUUCCUCUCCAUCGAGUAUAUGUUUCUUCUGAUUUGGCAUCUGGGUGCUUUGAGGUUGCAGUUCGUCCUUCUUUACCGGUGAAAGGUGUGGAUUUUAUCAUGGGAAAUGACAUAGCUGGAGGUAAGGUAAUGCCGGUAGUACAAGUUGUUGAUGUCCCAUGCAAUGAUUCGCAGGCUGAUGCACUUGGUAAAAAUUUGCCGAAUGUGUUUAGUGCUGUUGUAACGCGAGCACAGGCGAAACAGGACAUUCACGAAAGUAAUACUCUUUGUGAUUCUGUCUUUUCACAGAUUUUGAAAACUGAUGUUCUUCCCGACUCUCCUGACUCGACUAAAACGACUUUAAAGGCAUCUGAUGGCUUUGAUCUUAGUUUGAUCUCUGAUUUGCCCAUCUCGCGUGAAAUUCUGAUCGAAGCUCAGCGAAAUGAUUUAUCAUUAGAAAAAUGUCGUGCGAGUGUUGAAAAUGACAAAAAGUCGCUGCGUAAUCACCAGUUCUACUGGAACGAUGAUGUGCUCAUGCGUAAAUGGAGUAGAUCUUUAAAUUCUGAGCAGCGAGACGAUUGGAAUGCGGUGCAUCAAAUCGUGGUACCUUCGAAAUUUCGAUCACAUGUUUUAAGUCUGGCUCAUGACCAUCCUUGGUCUGGACACCUAGGGAUAACUAAGACCUAUAACCGGGUGCUCCAGCAUUUUUUCUGGCCAGGGUUAAAGUCUGAUGUUGUGACACACUGUAAGACGUGUUACAUUUGUCAGGUUAGUGGAAAACCUAAUCAGAUUGUACCACCUGCUCCUCUGUGUCCUAUUCCUGCCGUUGGAGAACCAUUCGAGCGCGUUCUAGUUGACUGUGUGGGUCCACUUCCUCGGGCUAAGUCUGGUUGUCAAUAUUUGUUGACAAUCAUGUGCGCGGCUACACGGUUCCCAGAAGCCAUUCCGUUACGCAACAUAACGGCUAAGACAGUAACUAAAGCCUUAACUAAAUUCUUUACAACAUUCGGUUUGCCGAAAACUGUCCAAACUGAUCAGGGUUCGAAUUUUGUGUCUCGUAUCUUCCGUGCCUCGUUAAAGGCUCUUGGCGUUUCUCACGUAGUAUCAAGCGCCUAUCAUCCCGAGUCGCAAGGUGCUUUAGAGAGGUGGCACCAAACAUUAAAAUCUGCACUGAGAAAGUACUGUACAGAGACUGGGAAUGAGUGGGACGAUGGAGUUCCUUUGGUGUUAUUCGCGGUACGUGAGGCGCGGCAGGACUCGCUUGGGUUUAGCCCGUCAGAGCUUGUGUUUGGACAUAAUGUCCGUGGUCCUUUGAAAAUGUUAAAGGAAGAAUUUCUCGGUAACAGUUCGUCUGUGAAGACCAACGUCCUUGAUUUUGUAUCACGUACUCGCGAACGUUUGCACAAUGCUUGUGCUGUGGCGAAGGAAGCACUUUCUCUGUCACAAACGAAAAUGAAAAAACAUUUUGAUAGGAAAGCAGUUAUGCGUAAUUUUUUGCCAGGCGAAAAAGUUUUGGUGUUGCUUCCUAUUCCUGGAUCUUCUCUCUCUGCGCGUUUCUCUGGUCCUUACGUGAUAAAAAGUAAGUGGAAUGAAACUGAUUAUAUCUUACACACGCCAGAACGGAGGCGAAAAACUCGUUUAUGUCACAUAAACAUGUUGAAACCAUAUUUUUGUGUCGAACCAAAAGAGAACCCUGAGAAUUUGGUUAGUGAAUCGGUGACUAAAGGAAAUACUGAGCGCGUUUCAUUGUUGGCUUAUGCUUUGCCUGCCGAUACUGCGGACGAUGGGUUGAAUGUAUCCAUGGAAGCUUUAGGAGGAGGAUGUUUUGAAAACUCUAAGAUUUUAUCUUUGCUUCCUGAGCAACUAUCCUAUCUAUCGCCUGAACAGCGAGAGGACGUAAUGAAGUUGAUAGACAGUUUCCCGUGUUUGUUCAAUGACGUUCCUCCGGGUACUAAUGUCAUUCAGCAUGACAUUGAGGUCGGUAGCGCAUUACCGAUCAAGCAACACGCUUAUCGUUGCCCAAUGAGUCUGAGAGAAGCCAUGAAAAGUGAGGUUAAGUAUUUAUUGCAGAAUGGUUUCGCUGUCCCGAGUAAUAGUCCAUGGAGCUCACCGUGUGUUCUGGUACCGAAGGCUGAUGGGUCUUUACGUUUCUGCACUGAUUUUAGAAAGGGAAGCAGGUGGGAAACGGUAAGGUACGGCCAUUGGACGGAAAAGUGACUGCUGUCCUCAGUUACCCAGUGCCUACUACGAGGAGAGAACUACGUAGAUU